CUCAAUGUAUGGCAGGGAUGGCUUAUUGGGACGUAUUGGGACUGUGUUUAUAACUUCCUCCUUGUUGGGAUAAUGUUGGGACCGUGUAUCGAUAGCUGAUCCGAAAUCUUGAGUCUUGACUGUCAUUGGCUCUAAUUAAAGACCAAAAUUCCCAAGAUUCUUCUCACCGCAAGAACUGUGACUGGACUCGGGAGAACAUCUCUCCGUGAAUUAAUAACAGUAAAUACCGAAAAUGUUCAAGUGGGAAGACGUGGAUAGGAUUCUGGUAGUACUUCACUCAAUGAGAACGCUACCGUUCGAUUACCACUCUCUUCGGUAAAAGCUAAAGAUUAACGAGAUUCCUUUCGUUUUUGCUGAUUCUACUGAAACAGUUGAACUGAUCAUUGAAUUCACACACAUGAUCUUGAAUUCAAGAAAAAAACCCUAGACUGAUCGAGAGAGAGAGAGAGAAGUAUGGCUGUUGAUUGGUCCCAACUUCCACCGGAUAUGAUAGUGAUGAUGUCGAGAAAGCUGACUGUUUAUAUCGAUUAUCUCCGAUUCCGAGCGGUUUGUGUAAAUUGGAGAUCCGCUGUGUCAAAGAGGCCUGACCACCUCCCCUGCCAACUUCCAUGGCUGAUGCUUCCUAACACCCGGAAUAACGACACCUGCCGUGGUUUCUUCAGUCUGUCAGAUGACAAGAUUCAUUGGCUUGAGCUCCCAGAGGCGUCUCGUCGGAGGCGAUGCUGUGGGUCUUCACAAGGCUGGCUCGUCGUCGUCGAGGAGUCCCCGGUGAUCCGUCUCUUGAAUCCCCUAACGAGGGCCCAAAUUCAACUCCCACCAUUGACAACGUUCCCGAAUGUUUUGGGUUUCGAUGUAUAUAGAAUCGGUAAAGAGUAUACCCUCCAGACUUCCUCCGGUGACUGCUACUCUCGCAACUUGAAGGAAAUGCGGGACUCGUUCUUGAAGAAAGUCAUCCUAUCUUCAAGUCCGGCUUCCAGCUCCGAAUAUGUCGCCUUGGCCAUCCUUAACGAAACCGGUGAAUUAGCAUUUUGUAGACAUGGAGAUGAGGGAUGGACUUUCAUCGAAGAUGCACAACCUUGCUAUGAGGACGUUAUAUGCUACAAGGGACUAUUCUAUGCGGUUGAUAGACGUGGAAAGGUUGUAAUUUGCGAUGUUAGUGGUGUUUCUCCGGUGGUGACAGUUAUCAACACGCUAUGGUUGUUCGGUGGUGACAUACUUUAUUUGGUGGAGCAAUCUGGGGAGCUCUUACUGGUUACUAGGCAUCUAGAGCUCGGACUUGUGGAGCCUGAUAUGGCCUAUAAGACAAUUCGAUUCGAAGUCGCCAAGUUGGAUUCAAGUAGCCAGAAUUGGGUUAAGUUGAAAGGCAUAGGUGACCAUGUAUUGUUCUUGGGUAAAAAUUCCUCCUUGUCUUUGUCGGCCUCUGAUUAUCCUGAAUGUAGAAGGAACUGCAUCUAUUUUACUGACGACUAUUCUGAGGUCAACUUUGAAGGUGUACGUGGAGAUUAUGAUGUAGGCGUGUUCAACUUGGAAGAUGACAGUAUCGAACCAUUGCUAUGUUAUUCACAAAGUUCCUUGUUAAUUUGGCCUCCACCCCUGUGGAUUACACCGAAUCCAUUUUAGGCUGGAAUCCUGGCAGUAAGUGGAAUUGUUUAUUCUUGUUGUUCUCCUUGUGAAAUGUAUCAUUUCUAUUCCUGAAUGUCAUUAAUUAGCUGUGUUAUUGUUUGAUUAAUUGUUCCAGUUUAUAGAUUUCCUUUCUCUUGUUUACCUUACUCUUAAAAUUUCCAGUUAAAUAAAAUAUGAUUUUGGUCUG